AUUCAUCUUCAAAAAAAUCAUCAUUAAAAGCUAAAGAAAAAGUAUAAGAAAAGGAAAAAGAAAACGAAGAUACAUAAUAAUAGAAGUAAAAAUAAGUAGUUUAAGAAAAGAAACAAAGAAAUGAAAAAACAUCAAAAGAAAAAUCAACAACAUCAAAAGAAAAAACAACUAUAAAAGAAAAAACAAUUACAAAAGAAAAAUAAACAAAAUAAAAAAUUAAACCAGAAGAACAAGAAGAAGAAUUGCCUUAAAAAAAAGAAGUAGAACUCGAUCCUUUAAUAAGUAAGAAUUUUUCGAAAAGAAAGAGAGCAAAAAUGUUCGAAGAUUCAUCCGCUUAAGAAGAUUUAGAAGACGAAAUCCAUAAAAAAUAAUUAUUUACAGAAAUUUAAAAAGAUGAGGAAAAAACAGAAGAACAAAAAGAAUAAAUAGAAUCCUAAAAAACAAAAAAAAACUGCGAAAAUUUAAGAUCUUUAACUGAUCCCAGAUUCGAUUGUCUACAUGACGCACCUUUUUUAGAAAACGAGUAAAUUCCAUUUAAAUUUUUAUGUGAUGCCUUUGAAAUAAUGUAAGAAUGUAAAGGAUAAAACUCUAAAUAAUAGAUGAUUUAGGUCAUAUCUAAAGUUUUUAGGACUAUUUUACUUUUAAAUCCUUCUUAAAUUUACUAAGCUUAUAUGUUUUGUAUUCUUAAAGUAGCUCCUGAUUAUGAAUAAAACGAAUUAGGAAUAGGACAAGAAAUUCUGUUGAAAGCUAUAAGUACAUGCAGUGGAAAAACACCAAAAUAAAUCAAAGGAUGUCUAAAUGAAUGUGGUGAUUUAGGUAAAGUAGCAUCUUUUGCCAAAGCUACAUAAAAAAAUAUAUCUUAAUUUUUUAUUGUUAAAUAAUAAAAUAUGGAGAAAGCACCAAUUACGUUAAUGAGAGUAUAUAAUGAUCUAAAGGAAAUUUAAUAAACUAAAGGAGAAAGUUCUAGUUCUAAAAAAGAAAAAAUAAUAGUAAAAUUUAUGUAAGAUGCAAAACCUGUAGAAGUGUGUUUUUUUAUUCGUUUUUUAGAAAAAAACCUUAAAAUUGGAGCUGCUGAGAAAACAUUUUAAGCUGGUUUAAGUAAAGCUUUUUUCGAUUUAGCAUAUUUCGGUUCAUAAAAUAAAAAUGAAGAAUUUUCAGAAAGCGAUAAAAUUGAACUUGAGAAAUUCAAUGAUAAUAUAACUAGAAGUCUUUGUGAAUUCCCUAAUUAUUUCUAAGUUAUCGAGAAAUUAAAAGAAGUUAAAAAAAAUAUACAUGAAUUAAUACAAACAUGUAAAGUUACAGUAGGAAUUCCAUGUAAACCUAUGUUAGCUAAACCUACAAAAUCUAUAAAAAUAAUCUUAAAUAGAUUCAAAGAUAUAAAAUUCACUUGUGAAUUUAAAUAUGAUGGUUUACGUGGUUAAAUACAUUUUUAGGAAGGUAAAGUCUCUAUAUUUUCCCGAAAUCUCGAAAACAUGACCGAAACAUAUCCUGACAUUGUUAAAUUUGUCCAAGACCACAUAAAGAAAUCUCCUAAUAUAAAUUCUUUUAUACUCGACAGUGAAAUCGUAGCUUUUGACAAAUAAACAAAUCGUAUAAAGCCUUUCUAAAUUUUAUCGACUAGAGGACGUGUUAAUGUUAAAAUAGAAGACAUUAACAUAAGAGUGUGUGUAUUUAUAUUUGAUUUACUAUAUUUAAACGGAUAAUCUUUACUCCAAAACACCUUAUAGUAAAGAAGGGACACUGUGAGGGAAUAUUUCGUCUAAGAAGAAGGUGAAUUUCAAUUCGCAGAACACAUAGAUAGCCAAGAUAUGGAGUAAAUUCAAGAAAUGCUCGAGAAGUCUUUAAAAAAAGGCUGCGAAGGUCUAAUGGUAAAAACAUUAGAAAAUAACUCAACUUACGAACCCGCUAAGAGGUCUUUUAAAUGGCUUAAAUUAAAAAAAGAUUACCUAGAACUAGGUUUAGGAGAUACUCUGGAUUUAGUACCGAUUGCUGCUUUUUAUGGUAGUGGGAAAAGAGUGGGCUUAUACGGGGCUUAUUUACUAGCUUGCUAUAAUGAAGAUAUGGAAAGAUAUGAGUCAGUGUGUAAGAUAGGGACAGGGUUCUCUGAUGAAGUCUUGGAGGCUUGUUAUAAGUUUUUCUAGGACAAGAUUAUUCCUUAAAAGUAAGAUGAUUAUUUUGUAGGAGAUUUUAAAGCCGAUGUAUGGUUAAAACCUUGUGUUGUUUGGGAAGUUAAAGGUGCGGAUUUGUAGAUUUCGCCUGUUUAUACAUGUGGAGUGGGAGAUGUGUCAGAAAAUAAGGGGAUAGGGUUAAGAUUUCCAAGAUUGGCGAGAGUUAGAAAUGAUAAAAAUGUCACAGAUUCUACUAAUCCGUCUUUUAUUGUUGAUUUAUAUAAAUAAUAAGCUGUGGUUAGUAAUGGAUUAGAAGAAGUUGAUGAUUAUUAUUGA